UUCAGAAUGGAUCUGAGUGUCGAUGAAAAUUUACUCGACGCAAUAGAUGACCUCGAGUAUAAGUUCGACGAAGAGUAUUUAGACGACGAAGGAUUGCAGUUUGGUCAAACCGAUGAAGUCAACCCUCAGUCGUUGCUGUCUGGGACUAACGAGGAUGACGGCGACAUUGACAAUAAUGAUUUCUCAGAUAGUUUUUAUGACGAUGAAGGAAUGGAGGAUUUAUUGGAUUUUGACGAUGAUAAAGAUCACGGAAAAUUAUCACAAAAAGACAAGAUACACUUCAUAACAAUGCGGAGACAUCUCAAGCAACUUGACCAGAUGUUUAAUGCCAGACAAGGUCAGGUCACUAGCACCUGGAAGGAACUCCAGAAAUGUCGAGACAAAAUGGAAAGCAUCGAGCAAGAGCGGAACUCUAAAAUGGAGCAAAUAGAGGCCGAUAAAGGAAAUGUGGCUCUUAGACACCGUCUGGAAAAAGCUAUCGAGAAACUGGACCGGGAAACAGCAGCAGAGAAAGAAUUGGAGACGACCAUUUUGGAAAGUCUAGAUGAAGCACAAGUUGGUCUUGCUCAAUUGAACGUAGAAAGAGGCAAAUACACCCUGUACAGAGAACAAUUAGACUUUCUUGAGGAUCGUCUGAAAAAGGAGAAAUCCAUGGAUGCCCGCAACAGAUUGAGAAAAGAAGUGCUGUUUGCUCAAAAUGCAGAGCGACAGCUGAACCAAGGUGUGAAACAAGACAUGAAGCAACGUCAAGAGCUGAAAGAACGGAGAUCGAAAGCAAUUGCAGAAGUGAAACAGAACCGAGAGAUUGCAAACAGUUACCUGAAAGAUACUCUGAAGAAAAUGAAAGACAAGGCCAAAGUUGAAACUGAUUUGAGCAGAUCGAAGUACACGUACAGAAUGAAUACAAUUCUGGAAUUGAAAAAUGAUAUCGAGCACACGAGAGAAAAUCUGGUUGCUAAAAGAGCUAAGGAUCAAGCUAACUUGAAAGAGAAGGAGGCAUCUUUGAUAGCAGAACGGACUUCAAUGGAAGCAAGAGGCUUAAACGCGGAUGCUAUUCUGCUCACAAACCAACGCAAGAAGGAUUUCGAAAAUGAACGAAAGCAAGCCCGGGCUGUUCAAAGGCAACGUGAAGUUGACAUUUUGUCAAAAAUCAUAAAAGAGGAGGAGAAUUUGGAACGAAGGAAGUCGAAACAGCCAUGGGUGUUCCAAGCGGACGUUCGAGGCGUCGACAAUAGCUUUGCAUCUUCAAUCAAAGAAUCGAAUAUUUCAAGUGUAAAGCCAAAAAUGAAGCGGGUAUUGCUGCAUCCGAAUGUGCUUGGAGACAGCACAGAUACCAUGGAUUCCCACCAUCCACUGCAGAGUGCAGAUAUGGGCAAGUAUAGAGACCGACCAGAAACCGCAACGACGUCGGCAACCAGUUUCAGCGAGCAGGACCAGGGUGGGGGAGUGAGCGCUUUCAUUGAGGACACAAGUCAGAUACCAGAGGACGAAGCGGAAUGGUACCAAAUUGAGGACCUGAACAAACCCUCAUUCCCAGGUCUGUGGUCAGGGGAAGUGGAAUCUGGAAACAAGGAUCGAGAGAAGUAUACUCUUGUUUAUGACACCAAAAUGGAAAAAGAAAUGAUGUUCAAUGCCUUGGAGAAGCAAAGAGCCGGGAUUGUUCAGAAGCAAGUGGCGGCGAGAAGAGAGUUCAAAGGUGUAGCUUUUGAUGCGAAGCCCGAAAUUGUUCAUUUCAAGGACCUCGAAGUCGGUAAAACGUAUAAGAAGAAAGUCAAGUUGACCAAUGUAUCCUAUACGAUAAAUUACCUGAAACUAGUGGGACUUUCCGAACAUUUGAAGGAUUUCGUCACUCUUGAUUUUGAGUCUCAAGGUCAAAUGUCUGCCGGAAUGACAUGCGAAAUACUGGUGACAUUCUCUCCGAUGAUUAAUGAAAAUCUGGAGGGCACAAUUGACUUUUUGUCACAAACGGGGCCAGUAAGCUUGCCUGUCAAAUGCAGUGUUAAGAAAUGCGACUUGAGCUUGGAUAUUUACCAAGUGAAUUUUGGGACUGAAGUAAUCGGAGAGAACUUGAAGCGAACAUUCACUCUGGUUAACAAAGGAGCUUUGCCUACCGAGUUUCUGUUCCAGCGCAAACCGUUGCUGAAACGGCAUGUAGCAACUGCUAGCUCAGGUCACGAAUACUCUUCCCUGGCAUCUGGAAUGGACAAAGAUGGCGAGAAUAUUGAAAUAACGACUACGCUUGUUCCGGACAAUCCAGUUCUAGGAGAGCAGCAAGGGAACCAGGAACAAGAAUCAUCGCCUGGUGGCGAGAAACCAGAUGGCUCAGAGCUGAAUCCACAAAACGAUGGGGAUGCCAAUCAGAGCAAUCCGUCUCCCAGGGAAAUUGCAGGAACUACGAUGGCAUAUAGAUCAAGCUAUCAUGAUUUAAUGGGUCAAAGUGUAUUCGAAAGCGAAGAAGAAAUGGCCAAAAUUGAUGGAAUGCGAACUGGUCCUUUGAGGUCUGGUCAAAUUGGUCCAUUCCAAGAAGUCAAACUUGAAUUAAUGUACGACCCUCUGAUGCCUGGGGAUUCAAUGGUUGAGUUUGAAGUGUCUUUCACGGAUCCAGGGUCGCAUCCAUUGUAUAUAGUGGCCCAUGGAAAGGCCAUAGAUGUCCCUGUUUGGGUCGAGAGAGAAACUGUGCCUUUGCAUAUUUGCAUGUACGAUAGACUCUUUCAAGACUCAAUUGUGGUUAAUAACCGAGCCAACAUUGCUCUUGGUCUAAAGUUUGAAGUAGACAAAAGAGUGAAAAAUCAUUUGGAGCUGCUUCCAAAGACAGCCUACAUACAGGCGCAGUCGACUUUCUCAGCUCAACUGAAAUUUCUGCCCAGAGAUAAAUUGGCCGAAGAAGCUGGAGAUCUCUUCGAUCCAGAGACCGGAAUUUUGGAAGUUCCCUGCCAAAUAAUAGUAGCAGAUCAAAACGAACCUGUGAAUUUCAUCGUGACUGCUAUUGUAACACCGUCUGAUUUCGUCCUGAAUCCCAAAAUUAUAAACUUUGGACAUUGUAGCAUCUAUGAGAACGUGGUUGUCCCAGUAACGCUGACGAAUAAAGCGAUUCUCCCUCAGCCUUUUGGGUUUGUGAAGCUUCCUGGAUACAUAGAAAUCCAACCAAAUGACGGCUUUGGAACUUUGCUGCCUCAAGAGUCAGUGGAAAUUCACUUAAUAUUCAGGCCGACCAAAGCUGAGGUGUAUGAGUUCGAAAUUGCAUGCAAGAGUGGAAUUGAUAGGAGUUUCAAAUUGAAAUGUUUUGGAAUUGCAGUUCAUCCGCCACUUGAACUUGAACACAACACUAUCAAUUUUUCGGCAACCGCGGUUGGUGACCAGAACGUGACUUCGGUUCAUUUGAUCAAUAGUCACACGAGCCGAAAUGAGUUCACGCACCCGGUUCCAAGAAUUGGAAAAGGUGAGGUUGCCCCUGUAGGUCCGACUUCAUACGAGUUCUGCGUGCCAAAAGGAGCUCCGAUUGAUAUGUGGCCGUCGGUAGGUACUAUCGAACCUGGAUCCAAGGAACUGAUCAAGAUUCUCUUCUCGCCACAACUGGACCCUGACGAGGUUAAGAAAGAAGCGGUACGAAUUGCUGAGAAACGAGACCGCGAAGCCGCUUUGGCAGAAAGAGAGGAAAAGUAUCGCGAAUUAUUGGCCAAGAGAGCAGAAGACAGCGAGAAAAUCAAAAUGAAGAAGAAGCCUUCGAAAUCGUCUGCGGGGAUCGAUUCAUUCGGAACCGAAGAUAAUCCGUCAAUUGAGUCGAUUCCUCUCCGCGAAGUGGCCCAAUUAAAACCUGAGGACAUACAACCUAAUUCGGAUAAUUACAUGGCUGCUAAAGGAUCUCUGCUGAGGUCGUUUGAGGGCAGCUUCAAUAGCCACACAAUCUUGUGCUACAUUGCAAGUGGAAAGUUGCGAAACCCGGGAGAACUUCCCUACUCGGUGUUCAAUACGCUGUACUUGGAAGUACAUUGUCCAGCUGUUAGACCGAAAGCGAUCGUUAUCUCGGAUUCCGGAUCAACGACUAUAAAUUUCGGGCAAGUCGCGAUCGGUCAAUCGCUGAUUCGGCCAGUGACGAUUCAAAACAUUACGGAUGAUGAUAUCGAUGCAAAGGCAACACCCUUGGACCCAUUCGGGCCUUUCGAUCUCCGAAAUGCCUUGUUGGACGUCGAAGCUAACUCAACGCAUACUUUGUUGUUCAAUUUCACACCAGCGGAUGCGAUUGUGUACCACGAGACUAUGAAGAUGACUUUUGACGGAAAUGAAAGUCUGAUUCUGACUUUGACAGGCACUGGAGUUUCGCCAGACGUUUCGCUUAGCAUAACUGGCAAUUCGCUGGAUUGCGGGCAUGUUUUAGCUGGAGAUUCAGUCCCAACUGUCUUUACGAUCAAGAACAACUCGGAAAUUGCGGUACCGUUUUUGAUUGAGCAGGAUAGCAACAAUCCUGCGAUGCAUAAAGAGAACCAAAAGCUACCUUACUUCAUCGAUUCCGAGAAACUGGAGGGAUUGCAUGUCGGUCCUCAAAACCUCUAUGGAGACUUGGUUUUUGACUGUACUCCUUGGCAAGGGAAAAUUGAACCCAAAUCAGAACAGGACAUUACUGUUCAAUUUACUCCCGACCACCCUAGUCUGAACUUUGCAGACGUUAUGCGACUAUCUCUCUUCAACCUGCCGUUCGCUUCAAUACAGCUUGUAGGAGUCGGUUGUGUUCACACGACAUAUGUGGAAGGAGGUUCGAAACUGGCACCGGCCAUUGAAAGUCUUGGUGUUACGAUUGGCGAGGCGGAUGAAGACGCGGCGAAAACAGUUCCUGUUGCUACUCCGAUUCUAGUGGAAAUGAAGGCGCUCAGGGUGAAUACAAGUAAUGAAAUCAUUCCCGCCCAGGAGAGCAUAUACGUGGGAAGUGUGAAGACGUCAGCAUCGGCACAGAAGAAAGGGGGAGAGUUCACGUUCGAUAAUAUUCAGCUGCUCACUGCCAAAGGCUUCACGCUGGACCAAACUAAAGGCUCAAUGGAAUCUGGACAACAGAAACCAGUGGUUAUAACCUGGGUUCCUCCUGCGGACCAUGAUCCAAAUGUUGCGAUGGAAACGAACAUAAAGCUAAUGGUUAGAGGAGACGUCUCAGAGACUUACAACAUAAUGCUGCGAGCAUUAGUAACCACUACAGAACGGUUAGCGAGUCAAGAAAUGGCUGCUGCAAAAAAAGUUGCAGCAGAAGCCAAUGGUCAAAAGCAGGCUCAAAAUGCAGCGGCAGCUAGAGCGUCGCCUGGUAAAGAUAUAGCGAGUGUUUCGGAUAAAGUGAGCUUGAAACUGAACUCUUCGGAUAUCGACUUGAAUCAAACAGGAGAGGUCGGCUCCCCCAGAGCAUCCAUUGCAGGGGAUGCGAGAACUCCUAAGAUUUCAGUAGGAGCGUCGCCACUCGUGACUUCGGCUUUGUUGGAAGAAGACAGCGCAGAUGCGGCUUCUUCAGGAGUGAAAGUUGAUAUCACUCCUCCCGAAUAAAAAUCCUAUUGUAUGACAGAAAACAUUGCAACAAAUGCCACUCACUGUUCAUGAAAAUCUAUCAAAUGUAUAUAAAUGCAAUAUAAUUGUAAAAUAUAAUUGUGUAAAUAUGGACAUAGCUGUAAUUUGUCAACCCAUUAUAGAAUUUAAAACCAUUGCU